AUGGAUAGGUGUCAAAGCAUCUUACCAGAGAUCGAGAUUCUAGACAACGAGGACGAGGAAAUACAGAGCGCUUUACUAGAGUCAAUGCAGCACCAGGAAUCAAAGCCGUCUGUGGCUGAUAUUUUACAAGAGUUUCGGAACCGAUACAUCAAAGAUUACCACACAAACUGUGUGAUCACCCGUUCCAAGCCCUUAGAUGGUGCCAUACGACUAUUAGAAAAGACGACGGUCAAGCUUCAGAAUAAAUUGUUUGUCAAGUUUUCCGAGGAGAUUGGUGAGGACCAUGGUGAACCAAGAAGAGAAUUUUUCCGAUUGGCAAUAGCAGAGCUUGGAGGUUCGAAAUUUUUUGAAGGACCAGAUGGAGCAAAGGUUUUCAGACAUGAUCUUCAACUUGUGGAAAAGGGGCAAUACAGGAUUGUGGGAAGGCUGUUGGCUAUGUCACUCGCUCAGGACGGACCAGGUUUUCACUGCUUGAAUAAGCAGCUUUUUGCAAUGAUGACGGGUCGUGAAGGGGAGACAACUGCUGCUGAUGAAAUCACGGACCCAAAUAUUAAGGAAUGUCUUGAAAUGGUAAUUAAAUUAAAUAAAGUAAAUAAAUUAAAACAGUCAUCGUGUUUACAGGCACUGUGUUGACUAACAAAUGAUUCAGUUAUUCCCCUUACAAAAUAAAGAAAAAUAAAUCUCUAGUUUUUUCAAAGACACAGAUUUUUUAAAUUACAAUUUUGUUGAUCCUAAUCUUCCUGAUGGCCAAGUCCCUUUUGGCUUUGCAUAUGUACGUUUUAAUUAUUGCUGUUUUCAGUCAACAAAUAAGUUCUCUGACAAACACCUAUCGUAGUGUGUCAAGUACAUGACUGCGCUCUGACCCUAUAAUUGUUACAGCAUUAAUGUUAAGUUGGUUUAUGUUUGUACUUAAAUUUAAUUGGAUAAAAGAAGUUAUUUAGUUCAUGUUUCAGUAUGUGAUUCA